GUGGGAGCAGCCAGCCCAUGUCAGGGGUUGGAAUAGAGUGGGGUUUAAGUUCCCCUCCAACCUAAGCUGUUCCUUGAUCUCUGUUGAUGGCUGGUGCAAGUUCUGAGGAAGCAUCGCUUUCAGCUCUGGCAUUCUCAUCCCUGGGGAAAAAUCAAUAUUAAUGCUUCAGUGAUUACUGCUUGCGUUCCAAAUAUGCUUCUGAUCAGUUCAAGAAAUCUGACAGUCACGUCGCUCAUGAUGCUAAGAAUACAACAGAAACAGCUUUGAAAGGAACCCUUCAACUCUUGAUAUUUGUGAAUGAGCUCCAAAGAACAUUACUCAUUUAUUUUUCAGGAAAAUGAUUUCAUUGACAUGAACAGGCCAAAGCCUACAAGCUCUAUUUUGUGACUGCAGCUUCUUACGCUUUCAGCUUCACUUUUAUGAUUUAUGUGCCCAUGAUAGGACUUGAACACCUCCCAGCAUAAUGGGGAAAAAUGAUUCUGAUUUCCUAUUUAAAACAUAGGCUGCAUUUAAGCCACGUGUGUGGAUCAGGCUCCUUCUAAAACACAAAUGUGUUCCACCCCUCAGUCCUUUUUCAUUUCAGCCUUCAAUCAAAAAUGAGUUUUAUGAGAUAUUUGUUUUGCCACGUAUCUGUGACAGAGUUGAAGCACUCAGUGAAACCUCCGUCCUUCGCUUGGCUGAAAGUGCAAAUAAUGACUUUACCUGAUGACUUCACAAGGUUAGGGAGAUGGAUGUAUAAAGUUGGGAGUGUGAAGGCAGAGAAACAUCUCUUCUGACCUCAGAAGCAACAGGUCUGCAAGAAACAGGCUGCACAGCCACCUCUGCCAUGAAGGCAAUGAGAGCUGCUGCCCUCCUUGGAUUAGUGCUUCUCAGCUCCUUUCCUGAUAUUGUUUCUGGUCAGCAAUGGGCCUCCUGCAGUGAGUACCAGCUGUCAGGCAGCGGAAACCUCGCCUGUCCCAGGAUAUUCCAGCCUGUCUGUGGCACAGAUAACGUCACCUACCCCAACGAGUGCUCACUCUGCAGACAAAUCCUCCUGAGUGGAACGGUGGACAAGAAGCACGAUGGGAGGUGUGUGAAGGUUGAUUGCACUGGCUACAUGAGAAGAACUGGUAGGCUGGGGAAGGCCUGCAUCCAGCAGUACAGCCCGAUCUAUGCCACCAACGGGGUCAUGUACAUCAACAAGUGCACCUUCUGCACAGCAGUGGCGAAUGGAGAGGACAUAGAUGUGCUGCCCACUGAUGGAAAAUACCCCGAGAUUGACUGCAGUAACUUCAAGAGAACCGAUCUCUACUGCACUGAAGAAUACGUGCCCCAUUGUGGCUCUGAUGGUGUAACCUAUGGGAACAAAUGCUACUUCUGCAUUGCAGUUUUGAAAAGUCAUGGAUCUCUGUCUCUCCAACACCUUGGAGAAUGCUGAGUGCUGGAGCACAACUUUUACCCUCACUCAUCUUUCACUUCCAAAGCCUGCAAUUCCAACAUGCUCUUCCCUGCUCCCUGCUGUACAUCUCUUUCUGCCUUGACCCAUCAGUAAAUCAAAGCCAGCAACUCUC